GUGCGAAGCGAAGGGAGAGAAAGAGAGAGAGAGAAAGGAGGUGGAAGAGGAUGAACCACGUGGGCAGCCCUGUGAAAGCUUACGACUUCUUGCUCAAAUUCCUGCUGGUGGGGGACAGCGACGUGGGCAAGGGGGAGAUCCUCGCUAGCCUCGAGGAUGGAGCCACAGAGUCGCCUUAUGGGUAUAAUAUGGGUAUUGACUACAAAACAACUACUAUACUUCUGGAUGGCCGCAGAAUAAAGCUGCAACUCUGGGACACAUCUGGACAAGGCAGAUUCUGCACCAUCUUUCGUUCUUAUUCUAGAGGAGCCCAGGGUGUGAUACUGGUAUAUGAUAUAACAAAUCGCUGGUCAUUUGAUGGCAUUGAUCGAUGGAUAAAGGAGAUUGAUGAGCAUGCUCCUGGUGUACCGAAAAUCCUGGUUGGCAAUCGCCUACAUCUGGCCUUCAAACGGCAAGUGUCUACUGAGCAAGCUCAGGCAUAUGCUGAAAGAUUGGGUAUGACGUUCUUUGAAGUAAGCCCGCUCUGUAAUUUCAACAUCACAGAGUCCUUUACAGAACUUGCAAGGAUAGUAUUAAUGAGACACGGGAUGGACCGACUAUGGAGGCCGAACAAAGUCCUGAGCUUGCAAGAUCUCUGUUGCCGGGCCAUAGUUUCAUGCACCCCUGUGCACCUUGUUGACAAACUGCCACUUCCUGUUGCCUUAAGAAGCCAUCUCAAAUCAUUCUCUAUGGCCAAUGGUCUCAAUGCUAGGAUGAUGCAUGGUCGUUCCUACUCCCUUACUACCAGCCACAACAACAAAAGGAACAGCCUGAAGAAAGCCAAAAUCAUCCGUCCGCUCCAGAGCCCUCCGAAACACUGCACCAGAAACAGCUGUAAAAUCUCCUAAGUUUGUCAUUGAAUCUUUGGCUACCCUUUGACACAAGGUCUAACUGAGAUGUGAGGACUGUUGUAUGUAUUGCAUUACAGAAUCUGAACAAAUGGAAAUGUUAUUUAGAUUCAUUUCUUUUUGAUAAUGCUGCUUCCAGAUGUACGUAUGAUGCACUCUGUGCAAAUUACGCGAUGUGAAACUUUGCUCUUGGAUUUUUUAUAUAUCAAUUUUUGAUGUGCAUGAAGAAAUUUGUGUGUUUUAUAAAGGGAAUAAUUUAUCAAAGUACUGAUUGUACAGUGACACUAAAUCUCAGAAAUGACUAAUUUUUAAUUAGUAAACUAAAUAUUGUUCAAUCACAAAAUUUUAUUUGCUGUUAGAUAGAAAUGAGUGUCAAUCUGUAGAUUCAGGCAGAGUUUUUAUCCACAAUGUAUUGUAUACAUUGUAAAAGAUACAAGUAGUGAAAUUAGUGAAUUAUAGUAAUGUUACAGUAGAAUAUCCUAUUCUGGCUUUGUACAGCUUUCUCAGUGAUUCUAAAGCACUGCUUUGAGCUACUAGUGUGUAUAUGCAAUAUGCACAAGAUUUUGUCUCAUCCAUGUAUAAAUCAUUUGAUAAAGGUUUUACUAUGAUGUUUAGGGAUUAAUCUGUGGAUUAUAUGCUUAUUUUUCUGGUAAAUAUACAUUUUUGUAUUGGAUAUUCUAAUGAUCAGUUAUAGAAAGAAAAAAAGCCAAAGACAUCAAGAUGUGUUUGCCACAGCAUUAAGAAGAAUGUGAUUUCAAAGCUGCUUUAUCAGGAAAGAAUACAGUUAUUUAAAAACAUUUAAAUAAAACUUUCCAAGUAUA